CUUCCUUCCUUCUCUCACCUUUACCUACCCUUGUUCUAAGCAAUCGUCCAUAUACAAUGCCCUCCGGAGCUCCCAAGAACUGCUCAAAAACCUACAAGGUCCCCCGUCGUCCCUUUGAGGCCGCUCGUCUCGACCAAGAGUUGAAGCUCGUCGGAGAGUAUGGUCUCCGCAACAAGCGUGAGAUCUGGCGUAUUGGUUACACUCUGUCCAACAUCCGUCGUGCUGCCCGUGAGCUCUUGACCUUGGAGGACAAGGAUCCCCGUCGCCUCUUUGAGGGUAACGCCCUGAUCCGUCGUUUGGUCCGCAUCGGCGUCUUGGACGAGGACAAGAUGAAAUUGGAUUACGUCCUCGCCUUGAAGAUUGAGGACUUCUUGGAGCGCCGCCUCCAGACCCAGGUGUUCAAGCUCGGACUCGCCAAGUCGAUCCACCAUGCCCGUGUCCUGAUCCGUCAGCGCCAUAUCCGCGUCGGCAAGCAGGUUGUCGAUAUCCCCUCCUUUGUCGUUCGCCUCGACUCCCAGAAGCACAUUGAUUUCUCGCUCACCUCUCCCUAUGGUGGCGGUCGUGCUGGUCGUGUCAAGCGAAAGCGCGCUGCUGCUGCUGCUAACAAAGGUGACGGCGCGGAGGAAGAGGACGACGAAUAAGCAUGAUCCAUCAAGGUCCCAGGAGGAUUGCAUGCAUGCUAUACCCUUUCCGCAAACAUUGCCCGCCGCUACGUCAAGCCUUAUUUCUGUGGAUUGCUGGUCCAUUAUCAAGUCUUUAGUUUGCUUUCUGCACAAUAGUAGACAAAGGGUCAGCAGGGGCUUGACCACCGCUUGUGUAUUUGUCUGUACCCUUCAAGCGCCUUCUCAAUUGCA